AUGACCAUAGUCUCAAAUGAUCCCUCUUGGUGGCCGGUCAUUGAUGCAGAUCGUUUUUCUAGCUAUUUUAUACUUGCCGCCUUUGUUGGAGUGACGUAUGACUGGGCCCUUACAUUUGGACAAGAGGUUGAAUUGGUCUGGGCACGCUACCUUGGAAUCUUUUAUGCUGCCCUGAACAUGCUUACAUACAGUCAGUCUUCCGACCAUCUUGCUGACAGAUACAGUCGGAUUACGUACCUCGUACAUUAUUGGAUCAAUGUUUUGGUAUUUGCGAUGCUGUGGGUCAUCAUCAUCACUCGGUUGCAUGCCAUGUAUCAAGGAUCCAGAAAGAUCCUGAUAUUUCUUAUAGUCACCUUCCUCGCUGACAACAUUUUCGACGUAGUGGUCGUCAUAAUGGCAACGAUGCAUGUGUCAGGGGAGGAAUAUAUUCUCUCCGGCACUUAUAUGUGCCAGAUUAACUAUCCGGAAGAUGUCGUACUUCUGGUUUCCAUUGCUUGGAUACUCGCAACUGUGUGGGAGGUCCUCGCACUAUGUCUCGCAGUCUGGAUUGCUGUAAAACACUUCCGUGAGCUGCGACGUUAUUCGGCAGGAGGCAUUAUCGGGGACUGUUUCUCGGUGUUGAUCAAAACUCACAUGGCAUACUUUGCGAGGAUCGGACGUGGUAGCUUUGUUGCUGUUUCUUGCCUCUCCCUCGCUAUCAAUUUAUCUCCAACAAUCUCAGCGGACGAAAAUUCCCUAGAAUCUCAGACCCUUAGUGGCUUGGUUCAGAUUUCGACAGUCGUGCAGAUGUUUGUGCUGGGACCAAGGCUGAUCCUUGGCGUUCGAGAAUACCACGCCAAGCUCGUGGCCAACUCCGACGCAGCAUCUCCUAUGACCUCUAUCGCUUUCCAGGAGCGCGUGCAUGUAUCGACUAACAGUAGCGUGUGA